AUGAAAUUUCUUUUUUCAGGUAAAGUGGAAAAACUGUCUCCUGAACUACUUGCACUUGGUGAACAACUAAUAUAUUCGUCAAAAACAAGACGAGAUUUGGAAGAUUGGGGUUGGAACAGGUAUACGAACAAUGAUGAGGGACUUCCUGAGUGGUUUGUAGAAGACGAGAAAAAGCAUUUCAGAAAGGAACUUCCAGUUUCGAAAGAUCGAGUGGAAUUUUAUAAAAAUCGUAUGCGUGAUAUUAACGCACGGACAAUCAAAAAAGUUGCUGAAGCAAAAGCACGCAAGAAAAAACGACGGGACCGGAAACUGCAAAUGGCAAAGAAAAGAGCGGAAGGUAUCAUUGAAAGUGAAAAUAUGGAGCAAGCGGAAAAAGUUCGCGAAAUUCGCAAGUUAUACCGUAAGACAGCCUCAUCGAUAAAGGAAAAGAAAAAGGUAACCUAUGCAGUAAUGACGAAAGGUAAACGAGGAAGUUUGGCCAGGCCAAAGGGACCAUAUAAAGUAGUGGAUGCUCGAUUGAAGAAAGACAGCUAUCGUCAAAAACAAAUGAACCAGAAGAAGGGACGUAAAGCCGGUGGUAGAGGUGGUGGACGUCGCAAUAGAAGACCCAACUGAUUAGAAUUUUUUUGGAUUAUUUGUUAUCUUGUUAUAUCCUUGCUAAUGUUUCCAUUAAAGAUCAGUAAAUGGAUGCAAUAAAAUCGGUGAUAAAUUUCCUGGUUAAAAAGUUGACCAUUUCAGG